UUCUUUCACUUGGCUGAUUUAAUCACUUAAUGGCCGAAGUUAGCAAACGCUGAUAUAAGAAUGUAAUGGAGAACCGGCAGCUGUGACGCACGGAGCCGAUCUUCUUCCCAAGUAUGGAAUACCUGCUGAAAAUUCUUCUUGGUGUUUAUGUUUUGUGCCGGCUUAAGCCGUUUUUCGCUACCUCCUUGGUGUCGGCUUUUACUUCAUACGGCACCAUUUUUCCGCCGUUGGAUCCCAGUAUCGUCCCCGAACUGACUGCCAAUGCCACGAUUAUUACCAUUUGCGAAUUAUGGGAAAACGACAGUAUUCCUGUCACCCCGGGAAUCGAAGUGGCGCUGCGCCGUAUGCGACCCCAUUUCGCCCGGCGCAAUGUGGGCUUCGAGGUGCUUCGCUAUCCGAUCCCGCCGGGCUGUGGCGACGAAACGGUGCUGCAGAGUUCCCCGGGCCUGGUGGCGCUACAUCUGAAUCGCUCCAAACAUGGCUGUUCACUGGUUAUCGGGCCUAGUUGUACAGAUGCCAUGUACAAUAUUCGUGGACUAGCCAUGAACUGGAACAUAGCAGUAAUGACUUCGGGUGCGAGCGGAAUUAAAUUUGAGGAUAAAAAUCGUACCAAAGUCCUGACACGCUUCGGCUACACCCAGGAGGACGUUUCGCUGUUCCUGAUUAGGAUACUGGAUUAUUUCAAGUGGUCCAAUAUUGUUAUGAUCUAUGAUUACGAUUCCUAUGCAAAGGAUUUUCAAUCGUCUUUCCAGCAAAUAUUGCAGAGUUACCGAGUUGAUUUGUACCAAAAGACAGAUAUGAUCCAGAUGAUGUCUUCGUUGCGCACACUAACGCAGGAUGGUUGGAUAGACGAAACCUUGAGGAAAGCAAGCGAACGCGCCCGAGUGAUCAUAAUAGCAGCCAUGCCACCCAUCGUGUAUCAAGUUUUGCAAGCUGCCAAAAGACUUGGAAUGUUAUCGCCGGAGUAUGUCUAUAUUACAACAAAUUUGAUCGAGGCUCGAUCCCACGGGUUUUCCGAUCUGUCCUUUUUUGAUGACAAGUUAGCCGCCGACCCGAACUCGCGAGAAAUUUUAGACAGCCUUCUAGUUAUACGAAUGAAGAUGCCGGCAGACAAUCCCGCUGGUAAGCAUGAAUAUGAUGAAUUUGCUGGCACCAUCAAGGAUAUGUCACAACAAAAAUUUGGCUACUCUUAUGGUCCAAAUGAACAAGUCACUCAUCUGGUUCUUGGAAUAUGGGAUGCAGUAAUGUUUUACGGAGUGGCACUAAAUCGGACCAUGGCUUUGGGUGAGAAUAUCAACGAUGGUCGGCUCAUAUCGUCGCGUAUUUGGGGACACAGUUUUUAUGGAGUUGCCAUUGAGUGUACCAUUAGUAUUUAUGGUGACCGAAAUUUUCCAUAUUACUUACUGGAUUUUGACCCCAACGAAACAUCAUUCAAGCCCACCAUUGAGCUGGAUACUGAACAGUUGAAACUUGUCAAAUUACGAAAUGUGCAUUGGCCGGGCGGCAGUGCCGAACCUCCUGCUAACGUGCCGAAGUGCGGAUUUACCGGCCGCGAUCCCGACUGUCAAAGUCACGAAAUAAUACCCAUCUACGGAAUUAUACUGCUCGUCAUUUUUGGAGUUGCCAUUAUACUAGUUGGCCUUGGAUUUGGAAUCUAUCGCUUGAAAGUGGUGCGGCUUAAUGAAGAUUCCUGGAAGGUCAAAAGCGCUGAUAUCGUAAUGCGCGAUCGCCAUCCCGAUAGCAGUUCAAUAAAGGGCGUGACCAAGGAAGACCUGCGCACAAAUCCGUCCAGUCACAAAGGGGAUUCUCGCGCCAGCGCCAUUUCGUACAUUUCGACGGCGUUCUACAAAGAGUCGGUUGUCGCGUUUAAGAAGCUGGAAGUGCCCACUGUACAUAUUUCCCCGCAAACCUUAUUUGAACUGCGCACCAUGAAACAGAUGAUGAACGAGCAUUUCGCCAGGUUUAUCGGUUUAUGCCCGGAAAGUGGCAACUCUUUCAUUCUUAUGGAACACUGCCCACGAGGAAGUCUCACCGACCUGAUUGAUAACGAGUCAAUAAAUCUGGACUGGUCUUUCAAAUUUUCCCUUUUGAAUGAUAUAGUUAAUGGCAUCGUUUUCGUGCAUAACACAGACAUUGGAUCACAUGGUCGCUUGACCUCAAACAACUGUCUGGUAGAUGGCAGAUUCGUGGUUAAGAUUGGUGAUCUGGGAUUAGCGCCGUUGCGACCUUCCUUUCUUGCGUCCACAAGUCAAAUCCCGCCUCAUGAAAAACACGAUCAUACUGCGGCAGUAUACCGGUCUCUGUUGUGGCGAGCGCCCGAACUGUUGCGCAUGCCGAUGCCAUUGAACGGGACGCCGAAAGGGGACAUUUACAGUUUUGGUAUACUACUGCAGCAGAUAGUGCAGCGAGUUGGGCCCUAUGAGCGCACCGAUACGGAGUACGGAGUAGUGGAUGUUAAAGAUAUCGUGGAUCGCGUCCGAGAAGGCGAAGUUCCGCCAUUCAGACCGCGCGUUCCAUUCGACGCCUGUCCACCCGAGCUGUAUUCCAUAAUGACACGCUCCUGGUCUGAAUCGUCCGAAGACCGUUUCGACAACGCCCGGCUUCGUGUCCACCUGAAGCAGGUGCCGGGGAACAAAAGCGGCAAUCUGAUGGAUAAUCUGCUCCAGCGAAUGGAGCGUUACGCCAAAGAUCUGGAAGCCAUCGUCAACGAGCGCACAGCGGCGUUUAUGGACGAGAAGAAGCGCUCUGAGGAACUCCUUUAUCAGAUGUUACCACAAGCGGUGGCAAAUAAACUCAAACAGGGACUAUUCGUGGAACCGGAAGCCUUCCCAAUGGUGACCAUUUAUUUUAGUGACAUAGUGGGAUUUACAACACUAUCGGCCUCCAGUACGCCAAUGCAGAUUGUCGACCUUCUCAAUGACCUGUAUUCAUUAUUUGAUGGCAUUAUUGAAGCGUACGAUGUGUACAAGGUGGAAACUAUCGGAGACGCUUAUGUGGUGGUCAGCGGAAUACCACAGCGUAUUGAAAAGCGACAUGCCGCAGAAAUUGCCCGGAUGUCCAUCCAUAUCGUAAAAUCCAUUAAAGUGUUUAAAAUACGUCAUAAGCCGGAAGAGAAACUAACCUUACGAGUCGGAGUUCAUUCUGGACCGUGCGCAGCGGGUGUGGUGGGACUGAAAAUGCCGCGAUAUUGCAUAUUUGGCGACAGUGUGAACAUUGCUUCUCGACUGGAAUCAACUAGUCAAGCAAUGAAGAUCCACAUCAGCAAGACAACCAAAGAACUGCUGGAUGAGCAUAAGGAGUUUUUAACUGAAUACCGCGGAGAAGUGGAUCUUAAAGGCCGUGGCGUUAUGAAAACGUACUGGUUGCAUUCAACCAUGGACAAUGAAUGAGAUCCCUUCGGUUUACAAAAAUCCACUGCUGCUCCGGCAGUGUGCACGUUCCUUCCAAGUUCCAGACAAUACCAAUGUUAAUCUUCCAAUUCUUCGGAUAGUAUAACUGACCCCUAUAUCAUGCCACAGCCGUAGACCUCAGUUUUCGAUAUCGGACUAUAGCUAUAAUAAUAUAAGUUACGUGUCGACAGGGAUAGGUAUCAGCAUAACUUAUAUUAUAAAAUCAUUAGUCGAUCUUGCUAUCCCCAAUUCACACCAUACAAAGAUUAGAUUUAAGUCGAAAUUAUAAUAAUAGAGUUUAGCUUAAAUAUUAUUUACAGAAGUAGCCAUACGGUCCAUACCGGUAUCUAGCGGUGGCAAAGAAUACAGUAUAUAUAAAUUAUAAUUAGUGCAUGCACUGUAAAUGAUUUGCUUGCACUAUGUGAUUCGUCUUUGAAUGUCUUGAGAAAAAACAGGGACACUGUGGUUUAUUGUUUAUUAGUUAAGUGCUUUUUUGGGCCUGAAUGUAGUAGAUUAUUUGUUCACUUUAUUGUGUAAA